AUGGAUUUGUUGUCUACAAAAGCCACAUGCAACUCUCAUGGCCAAGAUUCCUCAUACUUCCUAGGAUGGCAAGAAUACGAGAAGAACCCUUACGAUGAGAGUCUGAAUCCCGAAGGAAUUAUUCAGAUGGGUCUUGCUGAAAAUCAGCUCUCUUUCGAUCUCCUAGAGUUUUGGUUGGCUAAAAACCCUGACGUGGUGGGAUUCAAAAGCGAUGGCAAAUCGAUAUUCCGAGAGCUUGCUCUGUUCCAGGACUACCAUGGCCUCCCUUCCUUCAAGAAGGCAUUGGUAGACUUCAUGGCAGAGAUCAGAGGAAACAAAGUGACUUUUGAUCCCAACCACAUUGUUCUAACAGCUGGUGCCACGUCAGCAAAUGAGACCCUCAUGUUUUGCCUUGCUGAAAAAGGAGACGCCUUCCUCCUUCCCACUCCUUAUUACCCUGGAUUCGAUAGAGAUCUCAAGUGGAGAACUGAGGUGGAAAUCGUUACAAUACAUUGCACAAGCUCCAAUAACUUCCAAAUCACUGAAUCAGCUUUGCAACAAGCUUAUCAAGAGGCGAAGAAGCGCAACCUCAGAGUCAAAGGCGUGCUGGUGACAAACCCAUCCAAUCCACUAGGCACUACAAUGUCCCGGAGUGAAUUGAACCUUCUCGUUGACUUCAUCAAAGACAAAAACAUGCAUUUAAUAAGCGACGAGAUUUACUCAGGGACAGUUUACAACUCUCCAGGUUUCGUCAGCAUCAUGGAAAUCCUUAAGGAGAGAAAUGACCUUAACGAUUGUGCUGCCACAGUUUGGGACAGAGUUCACGUUGUGUAUAGUCUCUCCAAAGACUUGGGCUUACCAGGAUUACGUGUGGGCGCCAUCUAUUCUGAAAACGACGCCGUUGUGGCAGCUGCGACCAAAAUGUCAAGCUUUGGUUUGGUUUCCUCACAAACUCAGUACCUCCUCUCAGCCAUGCUGGGUGAUAAGAAAUUCACCAAAAACUACAUCUCUGAGAACCUUAAGAGGCUGAAACGACGUCAGAGAAGCCUCGUUUCAGGCCUUCAGAAAGCAGGCAUUAGUUGUCUUAAGACCAACAAUGCAGGCUUGUUUUGCUGGGUUGACAUGAGGCACCUUCUCCAUUCCAACACAUUCGAAGCUGAGAUGGAGCUUUGGAAGAAGAUACUCUACGAGGUUCGGUUAAACAUAUCCCCUGGCUCGUCCUGCCAUUGCACCGAACCUGGCUGGUUCCGGAUGUGUUUUGCUAACAUGUCCGAAGAAACUCUAAACCUAGCCAUGAAACGGUUGGAGACCUUCGUCCAAGAGUCAAAUCACGACAACGGGUGCACUAAGAAAAGAGUUCCGUCUUCAAGAAGAAAGUCACUCUCCAAUUGGGUUUUCCAGCUAUCAUCUCGCGAACACCGUGAGCAAGAAGAACGAUAG